AGUAUUAGAACACAUUCAUAGACACGUCUAAUCGUUGUGGCAAUGCGUCUCUCGCCGCGGAUAGUGUACGAGCAGCCGAAUGUAGAGAAUACAGUUCCUGUGGGGCUCUAUCUGGCGUCUGCCCCAGAAAAAUUUCUGCACCAUGAAGACGAUAAAUUUGUAUUGUUUGCUGGUGGACCAUCAUACCAGUUCAAGGUGUUACAGAAUGACCCAACCCAGAAGGUCGAGGUGCCGUCGGGGCAAGUUCCUUUGGAAGGUGACGUCUCGUUGUUUGUCCUCAAUACGUAUCUUUUGAUUUGGUUCUCUGAAUUUCAAUGCGGAAUUGAGUUUCCGUACCAAUGUGUCACAUUACAUGCAUUGCAAGACGGAGGGUUAUACCUCCAAGUACUUUCCAGUGACAUAUAUCGAGUUAUCGCCGCUGAAGAUGAAGGACUUGAACUCACGGUGGAGAUUUUGAUCCAAGUUGGUGGUGGUUGUGUUGGAGAGGUGAAUCCUUUACUUUACAGUCCUUCCAGUAUCGCCGACGUUUUCCAAGCUAUGUCUCGAUGCUCUGCGUUACAUUUUGAUGAUGAUGAUGAUGACGACAACGAAGCUGAAGAUCUUGACAUGGGUGUAGGUCAGUGGUAUACUGGUGGAGAAGGAGUAGGAGCAGGGUCGGAAGCGGAGGUUCCUGCAUCAUGGUUGAACCAUGGGGUUGCAGACGAUCUUGAUGAGAGCAUAUGUGAGGAAGAAGAAGGUGCUGGGGGGAUGUAUGUAGACGUUGGAUAUGGGUCUGUGGCUGGUACGGUUCGUAGAGGGAGUGAAGAUGAAGAGAAUGAAGAUCAGGUUACAAAGAGAAACAGAGUGCGAUAGAAACAAUAAAGAUAUCUAUACCAUGAUAGAGAGAAGGAACCGGGUUGGUAACCAAUUUUUCCUUAGUAUUUCUGAA